AUGGUUAUGAAAUUUCAUCCAAAGAAGAUAUCGUUUGGAGUAUACUCUGAAAAGGAAAUAGAACAGGCUAGUUGCAUGGAUGUUACGGAGCCAUCUACUUUCGACAAGUUCGGGCAUCCUGUGCGUGGAGGCCUGUACGACUUGAGAAUGGGGCCAUUAGACUUCUCGUCCAACUGUAAAACCUGCAAUUUGUCGCUUCUAAACUGCCCAGGACAUUUUGGACGCAUAAAGCUAUUUAAGCCUGUUUUCAAUCCGAUAUUCUUCGACUCGCUGCUCUCAUUAGUUAGGUGUUGUUGCUUCCAGUGCAGGCACUUUAGAAUAACAAAUUAUGAUCGGCUUAUUAUGUUCUGUAAGUUCUCUCUUCUUAGAAAUGGAGAAGAAAUAGACGGCUUGGAUGAGCUGUAUGCUACUUCGGAGGAAGAGGAGCUGUACAGUGUUGUUAGUAAGAGAGUGGAAUCCUCAAGGAAAAACAGACCUGGGCCUCCAACAGAUAAGUACCAGGAGAUGGUGCGCCACUUCUUUUCUAGUAUAAAUUCAAAAAAGAAAUGUGUGAGAUGUGGACAUGCCAAUCCAAAGAUCUAUAAAGGAACAAACAUAAAGAUAUUAAAGUCCCUCCAAAGGGAUGAUGAAAAUAGUGAGAAUGAAAAGGAUUCGGAGCUGCUUUUCCCGGAUUUUAUUAGAGAGCUUGUGGAAGAUUUGUUUUCCAAUGAAGCCGACUUGAUUGGCUCCAUCUUCUCUACAAAAGACCCGAAUAUGUUCUUUUUGACAAGUAUACCUGUCACACCCAAUAGAUUCCGUCCGGUGUCUUUUUUAAAUGAGAAGAAGGCCCCGAAUCCUCAGACUUUUUCCUUUAACGACAUUCUCACCAUCAAUGAAUUGGUGAAAAAAGACCUUUCAUACUGGCCAGAGCUGCAAGGUGCUGUUCUUUCGUCGUUUGAUAAUUCAAACCUAAGGAAACGGAAUAUCGGUUUGAUAACGCCACCGGGACACAAGCAGAUUCUUGAAAAGAAGGAAGGGCUGUUCCGCAAAAACAUAAUGGGAAAGAGAGUUAACUUCGCGGCGAGGACUGUCAUAUCCCCAGACCCUAAUCUAGAGACACGGGAGAUAGGAGUUCCUUUUGUGUUUGCGGAAGUUCUGACAUUUCCAGAGAGAGUAACUAGCUUCAAUGUAAGCAAAUUGAAAAAGGCUAUUGUGAAUGGAUCUACCUAUCCGGGAAGUUUAUACCUACAGGAUGGAGAUGUAAUGCUUAGUUUAAGCCACAUGCCUGACGAAAAGAGAUUUGCCUUGGCAAACCAGCUCCUGGAUGGAAAGAAGGUUGUUUGGAGACAUUUGGUGGAUGGAGAUGUGGUACUUGUGAACAGACAGCCGACUUUACAUAGACCAAGCAUUAUGGCUCAUAAGUGCAAGGUGCUGAAAGGAGAAAGGACAUUAAGAAUGCAUUAUGCCAACUGUAAAUCUUACAACGCAGACUUUGAUGGAGAUGAGAUGAACAUUCAUUUUCCACAAAGUUAUGUUGCUGAGGCCGAGGCUAGACAUAUUGUCAUGAAUGACUUCAACUAUCUAGUCCCCACCGACGGGAAACCAAUAAGAGGCCUUACCCAAGAUCACAUUGUUGCUGCAGCAAUCUUGACGAUGAAAAACUCGUUCUUUUCCGAAGAAGAUUACUUUACUCUAGUGAAUUCUGGAUUGGAUGGAAGACGAAUUACCAUAGAUAAGCCCUGUAUUCUCAAGCCUGUAAGACUCUAUUCUGGAAAGCAAGUGCUCUCAGCAAUAAUAAAGAACCUCGGGCUGGGUUUAAAUAUUGAAAUUGAAACCAAGGUUCCAAAAGACGCAUGGAGGGAGCAUUCGGAAGAAAGCGUUCUAAGAAUUAGUGAAGGGAAUAUAAUUACAGGGAUUUUGGACAAGAACUCAAUAGGGCCAACUUUCAAGUCCUUAGCCCAUGCCUGCGGAGAGAUUAGGGGGUUUGCAGCCUCGAAUGACCUACUAACAUAUAUAGGAAGAGUUUGCAACAAAUAUCUUCAAAUGUAUGGGUUUACAAUAGGAGCAGAUGAUCUUAUUCUUAGCAAUGAUGCGAAUGCGAAAAGAAAAAAAGUGAUGGAAACCAAAGACAAGAAGGUAAGGGAGCUUCAGAAGGAGUACAUGGAAGCGAAUCCAGACUUUUACUUAUGCGACGACAAAAAAGCUUACUUGGACUCUAUAAUGAGAAGAGAAAUGAACAAGAUAACCUCAGAGAUAGUUAAUGCAUCCGUUCCUUCAGGAUUGAAGAAAGGUUUUCCGGACAACGGUAUGGAAUUGAUUGUUUCGAUAGGAUCCAAGGGUUCGAUUGUUAAUCUGAGCCAGAUUUCAGGUGCUCUAGGACAGCAAGAGCUGGAGGGACGGAGAGUCCCGGUGAUGGCUAGUGGAAAGACAUUGCCUUGCUUCAAGCCGCUGGAUCCUGAUCCAUCCUCUGGAGGGUACAUAUAUCAAGGCUUUUUGGAUGGUAUCAAUCCAUCACAAUAUUUUUUCCAUUGCAUGGCAGGGAGAGAAGGGCUUAUUGAUACUGCAAUCAAAACUGCCAAUUCCGGAUAUCUACAAAGAUGCCUAGUUAAGCACAUGGAGGGGAUAAAGGUUGAGUAUGACAGAUCGGCACGGAUUGGGAAAAAGAUAGUUCAGUUUGUUUAUGGCGAGGACGGCCUUGACUGCACGAAGUCAAGCUAUUUGGACGAUCCUGAGUUUUUCCGAAGAAAUGCCUUUCUCUUUAAGGAGCUAUCUUUGUCUUCCUUCAAGCUUAGCAACAGAUACGAAGAUUUCUUGUCUCCUCGGUUCAAAAAAGAGAUAGAGUUUUUUGACGAAGAGCUUAAGAGAUUUCUGGAAAGUAGGUAUGUAUGCUCUCUAGCCGACCCAGGAGAAUCUGUCGGGAUUAUAGCUGCACAGUCGAUAGGAGAACCCUCCACUCAGAUGACUCUCAACACCUUUCAUCUAGCUGGUGUAGGAGAAAAGAACGUGACUCUUGGAGUUCCUAGGCUCAGAGAAAUUCUAUUGGUAGCAUCCAAGUCCAUAAAGACGCCUUUGGUUACUAUUCCUAUCAGGAAAAAGUUGAAUUUUGAUAUUGGUACAUGCUUAAAGAAGAUAACACUGAAAGAUUGUGUCAGGAAAUUUAGGGUCUCUGAGGAAAUUGUGAUGAUUGACGGGGUCUUUCAGAAGAAAAUUAGAAUGGUGUUUGACCUGGACAACUUUGUGGACCUUGCAAGCGAGGCUUUGGACCGAAAGUUCCUGAAGAUACUUGGAAGUAAACUGAAAAUGCUAUCUAAAGUAAAAUAUAAGUUAGGAAUGGAAGAGGGAAAUAAAGAUAGUUCAAAGGAACUAGAUGAAAACAAAGAAAACGAGGAAGAGGAUGAGAGUGACAGUGAUGAGGAAAGUAAUUCAAAGAGUGACUAUAUAUGUGUAGAUACCAGCGAGAAUGAAAACACUGAAAAGGACAGUGAUGAUACUACUCAUCCCGAGACUAUUGACGAAAUUGACCAUACCGAUAACUCAAGCAGUACUGAAGAGGAGAAUCUCAUAAACUUUACAAGGAAGUCAAAAAACAUACUUUCAUUUGAGAUGCUGUAUCCUUCUGGAUUUAACGAAGUGAUAUCCUCAAUAAUCGAAUCUAUCCUUCCUACAGUUGUGGUGAGAGAAACCAAAGGCAUAAAAAAGGCCUCGAUCUCCGGAAAUACUCUCUUUGUAGAAAGCCCUUCCAUCUCCUCUUUGACAGGAAGGAUAGAGGUGGCUCCCGGUGUCUAUGAGGAUCUACUAGAUCUCUUAGAUAUCUACAAUUCCGAGUCUAAUGAUAUAUACAAUGUGUAUCUAACGCUUGGGAUUGAGGCUGCAAGACAUGCUAUAAUCAACGAAGUAGUGAAGGUUUUCGAUGUCUAUGGAAUUUCAAUUGAUGCUCGGCAUCUUCUUCUUGUAGCUGACUAUAUGACAAGAAAAGGCGACUACUCUCCCUUCAGUAGGCAUGGACUUGGAAUUGGCGACUCUCUUAUCCAGAAAAUGAGUUUCGAAAGCUGCUACUCCAACUUCAAAACAGCUGCAGCAUUCCACCUUGAAGAUCAAUUGUCUAAUCCCUCUGCCUCCAUAACUGUGGGAAAUCCCGUGAAAUGCGGGACAAACUCUUUCGAUCUUAUAUACAAUGUAGACUUCUUUAAUAAUAAAGUCUAG